CCUUGCUUUUUUAUGACAUCCCUAUAUUCCACACUUUUUUAUUUCUAAGAAUUUUAUUUACUUGUCUCCUUUACUUUUUUUACUGCAUUCACAUGCAUGGUGUGCAAUAAAAAGUUGGGCAUAAGCCCAUAAAAAAGUAACAUUAGUGGCUUUAGCUAUUGCCUCGAUGUUUUGUCGUCAUUCACAUUACAUCAGUGCACCAACUUUCAUUGUUAGAGGACCCAUCAUAAGCAAGUUAUAGGCACUGACACCAUUUAUAAGUCUUUUUUUGUCUCAGGCUGUUUGUUGUUGUUUAAAACCUUGUAAUUUCUGUUUCGAUGAACGACUCAGUGUACCAUUGUUAGAGGACCAACCAUAUAGGGUGAGGCUCGGGGUGAGGGGGAGGAGCCUCAGGGAUUGAAGAUCUAGGAGGGUCGACGCGUCUCCCCCGACCCGCUCUAGUUCACACAAAAGAUUAUGGCUGAGUUUAUUCGAGGUCAUCCCGAGUUGCAGCCAUUCGUGCUCUCCAAUGUACGCCUGACUGGUACCACAAUCGGUGCAGGAGCCUACGGCAGCGUGGAGGAGGUCGCCGUGCCUGGAGCCAUCUGCGCCGCUAAAAAGAUCCACGACUUCUUCCUGGACGCUGCCCAAGUUACAUCUGCUGCUGUCCAGAAGGCUACGACGCAAUUCGUGGCGGAAUGUCAGCUGAUGAGCACUCUCCGCCACCCGAACGUCGUCCAGUUUCUGGGCUUGUGUUUCAUGCCCGGCUCGCGCCUGCCAGCCAUCGUCAUGGAGCGACUACUGACGAGCCUUCACGACUUGCUGGACCCAGAAACUUACCCUCCACCCCCGCCCGAUGCGCCAAAGCCCUUCUUCCCGCUGAACCUGAAGUGUUCGGUUCUUCACAACGUGGCGAGCGGUAUAACCUACCUCCACGAGCGAUCGCCGCCCAUCAUACACCGCGACUUGUCGGCCAGAAACGUUCUCCUAAACUCGGGGAUGGUGGCCAAGAUAGCGGACCUGGGAGUGGCUCGGAUCGUGCCUCGAAUGAGAAUUGCAGCCACCAUGACAAAGGCACCUGGUGCAGGCGUCUACAUGCCUCCAGAGGCUCUGGAAGACCGACCUCAAGAUGAAGAAGUAUCGAAAGCAAAAUAUGGUGCAAGCAUCGAUAUUUUCUCGUUUGGAGUCGUGGCUAUUUUCACACUCUCGCAGACCUUCCCUAGCAGUUUACUGCCUACUGCCUAUCGCGAGCGUGGCCGUUUGCUUGCUAGAACUGAGCUUGAGCGACGAGAGAGGUACACGAGGAUGAUCUACAGUCAGCUACGCGAGAAGCAUCCUCUCCUCCAGAUGAUUGAGGGGUGUCUGGACUUCCCUGAAGACCGGCCGAGCAUUCGCGAGGUGCUGCGUUUGUUGGAGGAGGCCAGAGCUGAAGUGAGAGACGAGCAGACAGACAUGAACAAACUGGAGCUGUUGCAAGCUCUUCAGACACAACGCGGGAACCAGAAUGUUGAGCUAUUGGGACAGCUGAGGAGAGCGGAAACUGAGUUAGCCGAGGCCCAGGGACAACUGAGACAAAAGGUGAAUCACAUAUAAGCAUGUUUGUCAACAAAAGUCCAACAUUCUCUGACUAUAGGAGGAACAACUGCAGUCUGGCGAGAGAGAG